AUGUCUUCCUACAGCGACUCCGCGUCCCCGCCGACCGCCGUCGACGGCACGCCCUUCCUAGGAGACCAGGCCUCCCUCCGAAACCGCCCCCGCUUCCUCCGCCGGCCGCCGAGCCUCCGAGGCGCCGCCCGCUUCCUCCGCCGGGCCAGCAGCACCGGCCGCGCGAUGCGAGAGCCGUCCGUCCGCGUGCGCGAGGCCGCGGCGGAGCAAAUCGAGGAGCGCCAGAGCGAUUGGGCCUACUCCAAGCCCAUAGUGAUCCUGGACCUCGUCUGGAACCUCGCCUUCGUGGCUCUCUCGAUCUCCGUUCUGAUCUCGAGCCGCCGCGAGGCGCCAUCGAUGCCGCUGAGGCUGUGGAUUGCGGGGUACGCGCUGCAGUGCGUCCUCCACAUGGUUUGCGUGUGCGCGGAGUAUAGGAAAAGGUACUCGCUGCGGGAUUAUGAGGGUAGUGAGAGGGGGCAGCUGAGGUACGGCCGGAGUAACUCGAAUUCGAGCACCGGAAGUGAUGAAAUGGGGUCGGGGGUUUAUGGCUCCGGUCUCCGGCAAAGUGAUGAUGAUUCGAGCGUUGCUAAACAUUUGGAGUCUGCAAAUACUAUGUUCUCAUUCAUUUGGUGGAUAAUCGGGUUCUAUUGGGUAUCUUCUGGUGGCCAAAAUUUGACUAGUGAAUCACCUCAGCUCUACUGGCUCUGCAUUACAUUUUUGGCAUUUGAUGUGUUCUUUGUCGUCAUUUGUGUUGUUGUGGCGUGUCUCAUUGGGCUUGCUGUUUGCUGCUGUCUACCAUGUAUCAUUGCAAUCUUAUAUGCAGUUGCGGACCAGGAAGGAGCUACAAAGGAGGAUAUCGAGAGACUACCUAAAUACAAAUUUCGCAAAAUUGGUGACUUCGAGAAGGAAAAUGGUGAAAUUCAGGACUCAUUUGGAGGAAUAAUGACCGAAUGCGACACAGACUCUCCUGCAGAGCACGUGCUUCCUCUCGAGGAUGCUGAAUGUUGCAUAUGCCUUUGUGCCUAUGACGAUGGGGCUGAACUGCGUGAACUCCCCUGCCGCCAUCAUUUCCACUCAGCCUGCAUCGACAAGUGGCUCCACAUAAACGCCACCUGUCCCCUCUGCAAGUUCAACAUACUGAAAAACGGAAAUCAAACGGACAGCGAGGAAGUAUAA